CGCACGUGGGGCAACCGCAAGAUCGACCAAGAUGGCGGAACCCAAGGCGGUCCUGGACCAAAGCAGCUUCCAGCGCAUGUCGGCCGACAUGGAAGCGUACGAUGAGAAGCGCGAGAUCGUUAUCAAGCAUUCUCGAGACAUCCUCAAGUCGAGCAAGCAGGCGAUCUUCGCCAUGCACCGCGGCAACAUGGACGAGGCCAGCGAGAAGCUCGAGGUCGCCGACCAAGUGAUCCAGCAGCUCGCGCCCUUGAUCAUGGAAGAGCCGACGCUGCGCCAUGGAUCGUUCUCGAGCGCCAUGGAAGAGUAUGCGGAGGCGCAGUGCUUUCGCCAUUUUCUUACCGCGGGCACGCUCGUCGCCCUCGAAGAGCUCAACUUUGUCGAUCGCGACGAGUACUUGGGCGGCGUCGUCGACUUUACGGGCGAGGUCACGCGCUAUGCAGUCGUGAUGGCGACGAAGCGCGACGUCGCCCGCGUCGAAGAGUGCCGCAACAUUGUCGACGCCAUCUCGGGCGAGCUAAUUCAAUUUAGCUUUCGCAACUCACCGCUGCGAAAGAAGUACGACAGCCUCAAGUACAACCUCAAGAAACUCGAGCAUACGCUGUACGAGCUCUCGCUCGUGGGGCCGCUCCGGGCGUUCAACCUCUCGGCAGGCGACGACGAGCCCAGCGCCGAGAACGACACCUCGCACUGCUAGACCCUUUAAACGCAUGAACCGACCAAUACUCUAUUCGUCCAUCUCGUC